UUCUUGGUGAGGUUAUUUUCAUGGCUGCGGCCUCCUCGUCAUUUGCCUCUUCAAAAGAGACAACCAACUAUGCCAGGCUGUGCCGUCUUCUGGUGGAUGUUGGAUCUCAGGUACUGCGAUCCACUUUUGACAAAAUACAUCCACCAGCGACUCUACACACAGUUUUGGGAAGUACCUCUGUGCACUACCGUAAAUUGCAAUCACUGUACAAAGGGAAGAAGAAAGUGCUAAAUCCUAUUCAAUGGGGCAAGCUUUAUCCUGCUCAUUCGCCCGUGUCAUCCGCAACCUUUGACAUCACACUCCUAAUAGUGCUGCUUAGAAAUAUCUGUGAUUUGAGCCCUCCUGUCGCUGGUUGGGAUCAUCUUCCCUCACCUGCUAACACAAGCAUUGAGGAUGACAUCGCCAGAGUGAAGUAUUACAGGAACACUGUAUGCGGCCAUGCCGCUCAAGCCGCUUUGGCUGACUUUAGCUUCAGUACUUAUUGGCAAGAAAUACGAGAAGCUCUGGUGAGACUGGGAGGAGCUAAAUUUCGAGUUGAUAUCGACAAUCUUGAGCACGACUGCAUGGAUCCGGAUAUCGACGAGCAUUAUCGUGAACUGAUGAAACAAUGGAAGAAAGACGACGAUAUCAUCAAGAACAAACUUGACGAGGUGGAAGCGAACAUUAAAGACUGUAUGGGAAAGUUCAUAACGCCUCUAGAGGGUGAAAUAAAAGAGGUGAAAGAAAGGCUUGGUUACCUGACUGACUUUGUAGAAGAAAGCAUGGGUAAAGGUGCUUUUGAUCCAACUGAGCUGAUCGAUGGAAUCCGCCAACUGUACAAGAAUCGCGAGGGAUGGCUUUCACCGUUUCCAUGGUGUGAAGAGUUUCAGUUUUUUGUCGGUGAUAUUUUUACAAGGCUCAAAGUGGUCAGAAGAAAGAAAACUAGAGGAGACGUCACUGACAAGAUCAUUACCAUGUCGUCUCUCUUGGAUCCACAUGAAGAGUGUUCAGAACCGAAAACAGUGCUAAUUGAAGGAAAACCUGGAAUAGGUAAAACUACCUACUGUAAAAAGUAUGUUUAUGACUGGGCUACAAAAAAGCAGAACCCCCAUGAUUGCGUCACAAACAUAAAAGUAGUGUUGUUCCUUAAAUGUCGUGAUAUCAAGUCCGAUAUUUGGGAAGCCAUUGAUGAUCAGCUUCUUCCCCGAGAUAUCGACGAAAACGUCAAAAAGCAAUUCUUUCAAUUUAUUCGUGCCAACCAAUCCAGCAUUUUAUUAAUAUUAGAUGGACUGGAUGAGUUACCUUCCAGUAAAGUGCCGAUGGUUUCAGAAAUAAUUGCCGGAAGAGUGCUUCAGAAUUGUAAGGUGGUGGCAACAGCACGACACGAAGCUGGAGUAAAGGUAAGAAAAUUCUGUGACACCCUGCUUCAGGUCGAAGGUUUUACUGAAGCACAAGCCAGAGAAUUUAUCGCCAAGUACUUCAAGGAAAAGUCAGAGUUAGCUGAAAAGCUCUCGGCACGAAUAUCACGCGAUGAAAACCUUAGAGAAAUGUGUGCCAAUCCCUUGAACGCGGCCCUGCUUUGCCUUAUGUGCGAAGAAUUCGAUGGUACCCUUCCGGAAAAAAGAACUACGCUGUUCUUGAAUAUGAUUGAAUGUGUCUUAAGAAGAUAUAGGAAAAAGACAGAACUACCAGAUACGAAAGAAGAUCUUACAAACCUUUACAAACCGCAGUUGAAAACCCUUGGAUUGAUAGCGUUAAAUGGUUUGAUUCAAGACAAGUUGGAUUUUGAAGAGAAUGAAUUAGGAAAGCAUGCCAGUGACUUAGCUGCCUUCGGAUUUCUGUCAGUUCAUCCCGGAGGUAGUAAACUGAGGCCGAGUCUGCGUUAUGCAUUUCUACACAAAACCUUUCAAGAAUGCUUCGCAGCAUUCUAUCUCUGUUGUGAGAUUCAAGAUAAACGAACUAUCCCUAAGGAGUUAGUUUCAGACGACCAAUAUUUCCUUGACACACAGGUGCUAUUGUUCUCGUGCGGCAUUCUAGCAGAACAGUCCGAUCAAGAAGCUGAAGCUCUUGUCUCCAGUUUAGGAAAGCGGGUUAACAAUCCCGCCAGCAAAAACUGUCGGAGUGUCAAAUUUCUGUUGGAGGCCAUCAACGAAUGUAAAAGAAAGAAAGAUGAUUUUCACCUACGGCUAGCAAGAUGUUUUGGUAGCGAUUUGAACCAAACAGAUCUUUAUGUCGAAUAUCAGUUCCUAAGUGAAGGACUGGCGAUAAUCCUUUCCGAGGUAAUCAAAGCCAACGCGACCCUAAAAACGUUGGGCUUCUGUUUUGGAUGUAUAAGUGAUUCCGGUGCUACAUCUAUUGCGGAGGCAAUCAAAGUCAACAAGACUUUGACCUCUUUGGAUUUGUCUAACAAUGGUAUUAGUGAUGCCGGUGCUACAUCUAUUGCUGAGGCAAUCAAAGUCAACAAGAGUCUCACCGAUUUGAAAUUGUUUGGCAAUGGUAUCAGUGAUGCCGGUGCUAAGUCCAUUGCAGAGGUAAUCAAAGUCAACGAGACUUUCACCUGCUUGGAUUUGUCUAACAAUUGUAUUAGUGAUGCCGGUGCAACAUCUAUUGCUAAGGCAAUCGAAGUCAACAAGGCUCUCACUCAUUUAAAAUUGUCUGGCAAUGGUAUUAGUAAUGCCGGUGCUGAGUCUAUUGCUUUUGCAAUCGAAAUCAACAAGACUCUCACCCAUUUGAAUUUGUCCUUUAAUCGUAUUAGUGAUGCCGGUGCUACAUCUCUUGCUGAGGCAGUCAAAGUCAAUCAGACUCUGACCUCUUUGAAUUUGUCUAAGAAUCGUAGCAGUGAUGCCGGUGCUUCAUCUAUUGCUGAGGCAAUCAAAGUCAACAAGAAUCUCACCAAUUUGAAUUUGUCUCGCAAUGGUAUUAGUGAUGUUGGUGCUCGUUCUAUUGCGGAGGCAAUCAAAAUCAACAAGACUCUGACCUAUUUGAAUUUGUCUUUUAAUAGUAUUAGUGAUGCUGGUGCUACAUCUGUUACAGAGGCAAGUAAAGUGAGCAAGACUCUCACCGAUUUGAAUUUCUGGAAUGCGAUUCAUCUACGAGGUGUUGCAGGUAUAGCAAAAGGGCUCAAGACGAACACAGUUUUGCAGCAACUUGACAUCUCUCGUAACAGUAUUUCUAAUGAAGGAGCAACUGAAAUUGGUGAGGUUCUCGCUGUCAACAGGUCGUUGCUGGUUAUCGACGUCAGUAACUGUGGAUUUAAUGAGAUAGGCGCCGAGGCAAUAUCUGAGGGUCUAAAGGUUCAUGCACCAUUGACCUACUUGAAUUUAUCAUACAACGACAUCGGUGAUAAAGGAGCCACCUUUCUGGGUUCAGCCAUCAAAGUCAACGCGGUUCUUGAUAUGUUAGACGUCAGUUGGAAUAGCAUUCGUGUUCAAGGGGCUCGAGCAUUGGCCGAGGGUUUGAAAAGUAAUACUCGCCUUAGGGAGGUAAACAUUGCUUGGAAUGGUCUUCUAGACGACGGCGUUACUGCUAUUCAAGAGGCACUGUCGUGUAACCAGACGCUCAAAGUCCUGGAUAUUGGAAGUAACUGCAUCACUAAGAAUGGUGUUGCGGCCAUAGCCAAAUUCUUAAGGACAAACAAAAGCUUGGAGGUUCUAAAAGCUGGACGAAAUCCUUUCCAAAGUUACGGCGCACGCGUCCUGUUGAUGGCCAUUCAAAAGAACACAUCCAGCGCCUUAAAAGAGCUUCAACUCGAUGAUAUCGUGUUUGAUAAGGAGUGUGCACGUGAACUCGAAGCUCUCCUUGAGAGAAGGCCAUUGUUCACCUGUUCCUGGGAUAUCAGUAUAACAGGAGAACGACUCUCAGAUCAAACCAAGCGACCUGAGAUCCUGGACGUGUACUUGGCCUUCAUUCGCACGAAAGGGCUUCGUUUGAUCGACCUGUUCAAAAUUUUGUCAAAAGACCGCGAUGGUCUCAAGCUCAGUAAAGAGGACUUCGUGGUAGGAAUGAAAAAAUUAAACGCACCAAUGCAUGACGUUCACAUAAGAGAGCUCUUCGAUAAAAUGGACAACAACGGCAAUGGAGUGAUCGUCUUUCAGGAGUUUGUCCUUUGGACGCGGGAACGAUAUCAACCUCAAGGGGCGACAGCUCAAGAGGAAAGCGGUCGCCGUUUAACCAUGAAGAAGGCAGCAAUACCCUGA